UGACCAUAGAGGCAAACGGAACAAGUGCAAUUGGAGUGCACACAGCGCUGUUGAUGUGGUGUCGUAAAUCCAGAGACUGACAACCAACCAUGACAUCACUGGGAAGCAGCAGCAGCACCUCAACCACAGAAUACAUCGUGCGUGUCCCCAAAAACACUAGCAAGAAGUACAAUAUAAUGGCUUUCAAUGCAGGGGACAGAGUCAACUGUUCAACAUGGACACAGGCUCGUAUGGAAAGAGAUAUGAGUGCUCGGAAGAUAUAUGGGGAGGAAGAGACCCCUGAAGGCGCAGCAGGUAGUGAGUUUGGCAAAAAGCAGCGCGAGGAAGCUCGUCGGAAGAAGUUUGGUAUCGUCACGCGUGAAUUCAAAGUGGAGGAUCAGCCCUGGAUUCUCAAGGUUAAUGGUAAAGCUGGCAAGAGGUUCAAAGGUAUAAAGAAGGGUGGCGUUACAGAAAAUGCAUCCUACUACAUCUUCACGCAGUGUCCCGAUGGAGCUUUCGAGGCUUUUCCUGUUCACGGCUGGUACAACUUUACACCACAGGCCAAACACCGAACUCUGACUGCUGAGGAGGCUGAGGAGGAGUGGGGCAGGCGGAACAAGGUGGUGAAUCACUUUAGCAUCAUGCUUCAGAGACGUCUUCGAGAGCAGGAGCGGGGUGAGGAAGACGAAGACGAAGGAGAAAAAUCUGGGAAGAAGAAAAAGAAGGGGGGCGGAAGAGGGGGUGACCUGCGCAUUCAUGACCUGGAGGACGAGCUGGAGAUGAGCAGUGAUGACAGUGACAGCAGUAUGGGGGACGAUGGAGAGAGCAAGCCAAAGGUAAAAAAAGAUGCUGGGAAAGGAAAAGCAAAGAGAAAGAAGCAAAAGAGUAAAGACAACGAGGCUCUGGAAGACAGCGAUGACGGAGACUACGAGGGCCUAGAAGUGGAUUAUAUGUCAGAUGAAAGCAGCUCAGAAGAAGAACCGGAAAAGGGAAAGCCUGUCAAAGCAGAGGAACACCCUAAAGGGAUUGAUGAAGAAUCUGAAAGUGAGGAAGAGAGUGAGGAGGAGAAACAGAAUGAUGAGGAAGCAAAAGAGGAGGAAGAGGAGGAGGAAGGGAAGAAAACCCCAGUUCAAAUGGAGAAGAAGAAGAAAAAAGACAGCAGUGGAGAAUCAGACAGCUCAGAUGACAGUGACAUCGAAGGAGAGACGGCCUCUGCUCUGUUCAUGGCGGUUAGUAAGAAACGCACACCUCCUAAACGUGCUGGUGGCCGUGGCUCUGCAGGCAGCUCCAGGACUGGUAGCCGUCCUGGAACUCCAUCCUUAGACUCUGCCUCCACCUCGAACACACUCCGUGCUGCCGCCAGCAAGCUGGAGCAAGGUAAGAGACAAGGUCCUAGCAUCGACUCACCUGCUGCCAAAAAGCUUAAGAUGGAACCCAGCACCCAGAGCCCUGUUCCCUCUGGGAAGAGCACACCUCAACCCCAAUCAGGCAAAUCCACCCCAAGCUCAAGUGAUGUGCAGCUGACAGAGGAAGCAGUCCGCCGCUACCUGAUCCGUAAACCAAUGACCACUAAAGACUUGUUGAAGAAGUUCCAGACUAAGCGCACCGGCCUGAGCAGUGAGCAGACUGUCAACGUGCUGGCACAGAUCCUUAAGCGCCUCAAUCCAGAGCGCAAGAACAUAAACGACAAAAUGCACUUCUACCUCACUGAAUAACCAAAGGAACAGAGGGAUGUUGUGGUUGUAGAAGUGGUGAAGUGCUAAAACUGACCCUCUUUUGUUCAAAGGUUAUAGUGUUUUCAAUAAAACCCAUGGAAGAAUAGUCUGCACAGGUUGUUCUGUGAUAUGCCACAGCACAGGAAGCUAGACCCGCCUUCAGCAGAAGUCACCUUAAAGCGGACUUAUUUUGUCAGUUUUCUUUUCUGUAUUUUUAUUCUUGAACUCUAAAACAGUAAAAUUGCUUUGCAAGAUUUCCAGUUCAAAAUAUAUACAUGUAGAUUUUUUUAUCUUCCACUUUGCUGUAGUGCAGUUUAUCCUUUGUUUUAGCUGCCUACCACUUCCUUGUAAGCUAACUUUGUUUUGAUUGGCUGCCCCUCCUAAAAAAAAAAAAAAAAAAAAAGUUGUUUUACAGGGUUCUCAUUUACAUCAAAAAUCCCAGAGAAGAAAAAAAUGUGUAUAUAACAGAAAAUAAGGAAUAGUACAAUAGGUUCCCUUUAAGUAACAGACUUGUCCAUGAAAUUAUGUUGAAUGAAAAAUUUUGUUUUGACCUGAUAGUUAAAACCUGAUAGUUCUGUUUUGUUUUUUUUUUGUUUGUUUUUAAUUCCUUGCAUAGAAAUUUUUUUCUAAUAAAACUAUUCUUAUGUAAGGAUUUGA